CUCCCGAAUGGGGAAAUAAUUUGCUGACCGAUUACCUUUUUUUUCAUUGUUUGCAUUGACACUUAUGAGCCGAUUCGUGCAUUUGCUUCGAUAUGUGGUGCCUACGGUGGGCCUGGUUUCCAAUUUAUGGGCACUUCACUGCGUGGUAGUCAGCCUUCCGUUGCCUGGAUUUGGUGGUCAUUUUCAGUUCUUGACCAUUCUCGGGCUCUUGGUCGCCACCUUGGCGUUUUUCCUCAAAGUUGUUCGACUGUUUGUUCCCGGUGCUUUUGACUCAAUGCACGAAAUGGUGGUUAAUAUUGCUACCCCGGUCGAAGGCCUUAUUACCGUGCUUUACUGGCCCAUGGUACUUUACAACCGGGAUUUGUUGGCGUCACCGGAUGUCGCUUUUAUUUUACCGCUACGACUUGAUUUAUCGCUUCACUUUUGGCCGGCCGUGUUUCUGUGGGUCGACUUUUUAGCUUUCAAUGUAGAAUUUAAGCGAACUUGGCGUCACAUUGUGGUGAUUUACAGCUUUGCCAUUCUCUAUUACUUUUGGACCUCGUACUGUUAUUCGCGCAACCAAUUCUGGGUUUAUCCCUUCCUUGCCGAAUUCUCGGAUACCGGCCGCAUGUUAUUCUUCAUUGCAUGCGCUACCCUAUGUACUCUCAUGUAUGAAGCAGGUGCUUACAUUCAUGCAAAAAUUCAUCAUGCAACCGUUGGCGUGAUCAAGAAGGAUUAACAAAAAAGAAAGCAAUUGCCACAACUUUUUUAAUGUACAUUAGUCGCGUGUUUCC